ACCCUAAAGCCAAACAAAACCACCAAACCACCCGUCCUUUUUUUCUCUAACAAGUCACAAACGUAUAGCCAAACCCCAAGCUCUGCACAACACAGCCAGCCAUGGACCACGUCUCAUCCUUGGAGUGCCUGAAAUUGGAUUCCCAGUCGGAGGUGCUUGAUAAAGACGUCGGCGUAAAGGACCUUUUAUCGCCAGAUACAGUCCCCCUAAACUGCGAUACGCCAGUAAUCGAUACCAUGGCUGAAGAACGAAAGGUUGCAAAACAAUGCUUUGAAGAACUUUCAACUUAUUUUAAACUGCAUUGGACCCCUCCUCCGAAUCCUUUUUUUGGUAUCAAGGCUGAUGCACCAAAGGAUAAGAGUUCUAUUGGUGAAUGUUUGUAUUGUUUAAAGGUGGGUGAUCACAUUUCAGACUCUUGCCCUUAUAAAUCUGAUGUCCCAAUGAACGCCAUUGUUAGCAGUGCUUGUGUGAUCUUUUGCAAGGUUUGCGGCUGCCGCUUUAGAGGCUCAUGUUGUGCCAAAUGUGGCCCAAGCCAAGGACGUGCAGAACUCAAGCGUUGUUCAAUAUGUCGGAAGGAAGGUGAACACAUGACUUAUGAUUGCCCGAGCCGUGAGAAGAAAUAUUAUCCUUCCAUUGUUUUUAAUGGCGACCCUUAUACCGGUGCUUUUUCUUUCGAGUAUGCUCCAUUGAAAGGGGUAGAGAAUGGAGAGUUUUGAAAAUACUUUUAUAGGAAGAAUAUAAUUUUUGGGAAGUAAUUGAAGUUGGUCACAUGCCCUUACCAAGUCAUGAAAUUAAGUUGUAACGGAUUUUAUUUGGAUUGUUUGUAGACAGAUCCAAAUUCCAAUGGUUAAUUACUGCAAGUACUGUGUUGAUUUUGUUUU